AUGAUUAACUACUUCCUUGGCCUAGAGCAGGAGAGAAACGAUAUCCUUGGUGCUGGACUGGGAGAAAACUACGAAGCGAGAGCAACGGCGAUUCUGCCGAAGCUGCCUGGCUGCAGCGGGCUGGCCCGGCUCUGCCUUUUUUGGGGGCUGCUAUUGGAAGCCAGGGCUGGGAAGAUCCGCAACUCCGUGUCAGAAGACAAAGGUUACUGCGUGGGCAACGUCGCCAAGAACCUGGGGCUACAACCCCAGGAGCUGACGGAGCGCGGAGUUCGCAUCGUUUCCAGAGGGAAGACGUAGUUUUUUGCUCUGAACCCGCGAAGCGGCAGUUUGAUUACGGCGGGGAGGGUAGGCUGAGAGGAACUCUGCGCUCAGAGCACGCGGUGUAUAGUGAAUUUUAAUAUCCUGCUAGAGGAUAAAAUGAAGCUUUUCCCUGUCGAAGUGGAAAUAAUUGAUAUUAAUGACAGCACUCCCCAAUUCCAGUUAGAGGAACGGGAAGUUAAAAUGAAUGAAAUAACCACAGUAGGCACCAGGAUCCCUCCGCCAUUUGGGCAAGACCUUGAUGUGGGCAUGAACUCACUCCAGAGCUACCAGCUCAGCCCCAACCCUCAUUUUUCCCUGAAUGUGCAACAGGGAGCUGAUGGGCCUCAACACCCAGAGAUGGUGCUGCAGAGUCCCCUAGAUAGGGAAGAAGAAGCUGUCCACCACCUCAUCCUCACUGCCUCGGACGGAGGUGAUCCAGUCCGCUCUGGCACCCUUCACAUACAUGUUCAGGUAGUGGAUGCAAAUGACAAUCCUCCAGCAUUUACUCAGGCACAAUACCGCACAAGUGACCCCGAGAAUGUGCCGCUGGGUACUCGACUGCUCGUGGUAAAUGCCACAGACGCAGAUGAGGGAGCCAAUGGGGAAGUAAAAUACUCGUUUCACAAUAUAGACCAUAAAGUGGCCAAAAUAUUUCAGUUGGAUUCUUACACUGGAGAAAUAUUAAAUAAAGAACCACUGAAUUUUGAAGAAUACGAAAUAUAUCCAAUGGAAAUUCAAGCUCAGGAUGGUGCUGGGCUCAUGGCCAGAGCUAAGGUGCUGGUCAAAGUUUUGGAUGUGAAUGAUAAUGCCCCAGAGGUGACCAUCACCUUUGUCUCCACUGCAGUUCCAGAAAACUUUCCUCCUGGGACCAUAAUUGCUCUUAUCAGUGUGCAUGACCAGGACUCUGGAGACAAUGGUCGCACCACAUGUUCCAUUUCUGGAAGUCUGCCCUUUAAAUUAGAAAAGUUAGUUGAUCAUUAUUACCGUUCAGUGACAGAAAGAACACUGGACAGAGAAUUCACCUCUGAGUACAACAUUGCAAUGACAGCAGCGGAUGAGGGAACUCCAUCUCUAUCUACUGAGUCUCACAUUUCACUGCUAGUGACAGACAUCAGCGCCUACCUGCCUGCCUUCCCUCAGGAGUCCUACUCCGCCUACAUUCCCGGAAACAACCCCAGCGGUGCCUCCAUCUUUUCCGUGACUGCCCACGACCCGGACAGCAAUGAGAAUGCACGAAUCAUUUACUCCCUGGCUGAGGACACCAUCCAGGGGGUGCCCCUGUCCUCCUACUUCUCCAUAAACUCUGACACAGGAGUCCUAUAUGGGCUGCGCUCCUUUGACUUUGAGCACUUCUGCGACCUGAAGUUGUGGAUGACAGCAAGGGACAGUGGGGACCCAUUGCUCAGCAGCAGCGUAUCACUGACCCUGUUUGUGCUGGACCAGAACGACAACGCACCUGAGAUCCUGUACCCCACCCUCCCCAUUGAUGGUUCCACCUGAGUGGAGCUGGCACCCCGCUCAGCAGAGCCUGGCCACCUGGUGACCAAGAUAGUGGCAGUAGACAGAGACUCUGAGAACGCCUGGCUGUCCUACCACCUGCUUAAGGCCAGCGAGCCAGGGCUCUUCAAAGUGGAGGUGCACACAGGUGAGGUGCGCACGGCCCGGUCCCUGCAGGACAGAGACGCGCUCAAGCAGAGCUUGGUGGUGGCCGUCCAGAACCACAGCCAGCCUCCUCUCUCAGCCACCGUCACACUAACCGUGGCCGUGGCCGUGGCCGACAGCAUCCCUGAUAUCCUGGCUGAUCUAGGCAGCAUCAAAAACCCUGCCGACCGGGAUGACUCAACCCUCACACUGUAGCUGGUAGUGGCAGUGGCCGCAGUCUCCUGCGUCUUUCUUGCCUUCGUCAUUGUGCUGAUGGCGUUCAGGCUUAGGCCCUGGCACACAUCGCACCUGCUCCAGACUAGGAGCAGAGGAUUGGCGGACGUGCCCGCCUCUCACUUUGUGGGUGUGGACGGCGUGCAGGCUUUCCUGCAGACCUAUUCCCACGAGAUCUCCCUCACCGCAGAUUCCCGGAAGAGCCACCUGAUCUUCCCCCAGCCCAGCUACACAGACAUGCUCAUCAGCCAUGACAGCUAUGAGAAAAAGGAUUUUCUAUCUGCACCUCACUCUUUACUUGAAGACAAAAAGGAAACAUUACUUCAGGUAAACUCUUUAUAGUGAACUUAUAUGCUCUCUCCAUAAAAAAAUAAUUCCUGAUUUUACUUACUUGCUUUCACUCUUUACUGCAGUUUUUCUAUUUCGCAUAUAUACCUGUAGAUUUCUGUUACGAGUCCUGGAAAAUCAUUAUUAAGCCCAUCUGUGUGUUUAUAUCCAGAUAGAUUUAUAAUUGUUUUAACAUCAAAAAGGAGGUUGUAGCCAUAAUCUGGUUGAUUAGGGCCAAGAGUCUGACGUGUGAAAGUGCUGUCCACAUUGUGGUAAGAGCACUGCAUUAGCAACAAGGAGAUCUGGCUUCUAAUACCUUCUUGCUUACCUCUGGCCAAAUCAUUUUAUUGCUCUGGUUUUACCAUCCUCUUAUCCGCAAAGGAUAAGGUUGGACUAAAAAUUUUCCCAAAUUCCUUCUUGUUUUCAAAUGGAUUCUUAUAAAUGUCCUUCAGCCUUUUUCAUUUUCAGCUUCUUCAAAAGGAGUCCGUUAGAUCAUCCUUUGUCACUAAAACUUAACAUGUUUCCUGAGUUUAUAUGUGAAACAGGAAAUGGGUUAAGAGUUACAUUUCUAUAUGUUUCUUCCUAGUAAAACUUCAAAAUUGUAGUAUUAAGAAUUUAUAUUGGUCAAAUUAUUUCAAGGAGAUGCUUACAGUGUAACUCUGCUCAUGUUAAGUUUGUAUACCAGUCUUCUAAAGAAGCAGUUGUUCCCUGAAGAAAUGAGUAUAUUCAAUAAACAAUUAUAGAUACAGUGCUUUAUGUGGACAAGUUAGCAGGCUUUUCUUCAUCUUUAUAUCAGCAUUAUAGUCAAUGAUGGUUUUAUAACUUUUCCCAUUCUGAGAAAUUGUAAAGAAUUUCAAUUAUUCUGACAUAUAUUUAAGAAUAAAAAGACUCAACAAUAUUUACGUGACUGAUAUUGUUUUCAGAUUUCCUUAAGUUACUAUUAACUUCUAAUUUACCCUUGAGUUUAAUGUAGAUGUCAUCUGUUAGGAUACUAUAAUAAUUUUUUUG